UGUGGUUGAUUGUGGUCGACUGUCGAGUAUUCGAUUGUAAAUUUUAUUAAUGAGGCAUAAUAAACACGGUUCUACUAAUUAAAUCAAAAUUUUAUGAAGUAAUCCUUCCUGAUUCAGGGACCAAAAGCAUCACAGAAGUUACUGAUACUUGUGGAGGAUUGAGGAAUGUGAUACUGUCAUCGGUGAGAGCAUCCAACACCGCACCACCAUGGUGCCAGUAGCGAUAGAAGGAUGCACUCAAAGUGCGGAAGGUGGCGGCGCGAGAGGUGGCUCCAUUUCUCUUGGCUUACUUAUCGACUUCAUCGUACAAAGAACCUACGAUGAACUCACGGUUUUGGCAGAAUUGUUACCUCGCAAAACUGAUAUGGAGAGGAAGAUUGAAAUAUACAAAUUCAGUGCAAGAACAAGGCAGUUAUUUGUGAGGCUCCUAGCAUUAGUGAAAUGGGCAAGCAGUGCUACUAAGGUGGAUAGAUCAGCACACAUAAUGGCUUUUCUGGAUAAGCAAGCACUUCUGUUUGUUGAGACAGCUGAUGUCCUGGCCCGUGUGGCUCGAGAAACUCUUGUACAUGCCAGACUACCAACAUUCCACAUGGCAGCUGCAGUGGAGGUUCUCACAUUAGGCACCUACAGCCGAUUGCCUGCUGUGAUUAGAGAGAAACUGGUGCCUCCGCCAGCUUUGACUCCAGCUGAAAGAAUUUCCACACUGAGAUCACUGGCCCAUGUUGUAAGACAACGUCUUACUACAGCAUCCCUGCCUAGUGAUGUUAGAAAUUUGAAGGUUGAGAAUGGAAGAGCAACAUUUACUGUUGGGCAGGAAUUCAGUGUGUCCCUGACAGUGAUGGGAGAUGCACCAAACUUGCCAUGGCGUUUGUUAGACAUUGCUAUACUCAUUCAAGAUAGUGAAACUGGUGAGGGAAAGCCACUCGUUCAUACAUCACAACUGAAUUGGCUUCGUUCUGUGGCACAAGCCAGACUGGCGUCGGCUGGGUUGGGUGGAGCUCUUACGGCUUUACGUUACUUCUGUCGUUCUUUAUCACUGGAACUUUUGUACACCCAGACACUCAGAUUGUGCCGAGAUAGGCUCUCUAAACAUCUACAAGUGGACAAGUAUAUACCAGGCCAAAAGCUUCAAGUGUCUUAUUGGAGGGAGCUGGGUUGCGAGCUCGGCUAUCGGCUGAUAAUCGGCGCGGAGGGGGAGUCGUUAUGCGUGUGGCACGUACCGGCGCUGACGGGCGGCGAGCGGGUGGCGUCCGCGCUCACGCCGCACGCGCCCGCCAUGGAGCGUCUGCUUGCACACACCGUGCAUGUACGCUCGCGACAACGCCUCAACGACCUCAAGCUCCUGCUUAAUGAUUUAGGCGUGGAGUGCAGCGUGGGCGGUUGGCCGUGCGUGCUAGCGUGCUCGGUUGUGUGGCCGUGCCUGCGCGCGGAACAACUGCUAGUGUCGGUGGGCGCGCACGGCGGCCGGCUCCGCGCGCGCGUCCCCGCCUACCCGCACACGCCGCGCAUGCCCGAGUUGGCGCGCGCUCUCGCCGCCGCUGACCGCGCCAAGGUCAAACCGCUACUCACACAGCUUAGAUUUUGGUUAGUGGCGAGACGGUGCGAGAAGACCCUUCAACACUUGCCAGCCAGCGUGUGCGAGCACCUGUCGUUCCUGCACGGGCCCGACCACCCCCUCAACAAGCUCGCUCCGGACAGACUCUAUGUCACCCUGCACAGACACACCGAUCACAUUCUUGUGGUGGAGAUGAAGGAGGUGGCGGCGGGGUGCGGCGCGACGACCAGCAGCAGCGGCAACAGCGGCAGCGCGUGCGGCGUCGCGCUCGCCUUCCACCUCGCCGGCGCCAGACGCACCACACCCGAUGACGCCGAUGAUGACUCGAAUACGAACACCACAUCUCCGGCUACGGCGCGAGCCUUCCUCAAGUUGCACUCGCUCGUCGAGCUGGACACAUUCACUUUGACCCACGGACCGUUCACUCCGUUGGACACGCCCGGCAUGCAAGCGGGCAAGCGCAAGUUGUCGUCGACGCACACGCGCGCCGUGCGGCCGCGCCAGCCCGCAUACUUCCUGCCGGAGCUCGCACACGUCGUCGCCGCCGCCGACGAGCGAGUACCCUUCGUCAAUCUCGCGCAAGAGCUGGCCGCGCGCGGCGUGACGCACGGUGGCGUGCAGGCGGAGUGGAGCGGCGCGGCGCUGGGCAUGCGCGUGGUGUCGCUGCCCCGGCCGGAGGGUGCGCCCGAAGCGGCGUUCGCGGCGCUACAAGCCCGCCUGCUAGCCGCCACAGUGCGACUCACUACUAAGAACCAGGCGCGCGUCUGGACCGCCGAGAUCAUAUUUCACGGAUCGCCGGUUCGCACGCCCAACCCUAAAGAACAAGGCGAACGUCGCUGCGUAUACCUGCAAUACGAGUUGGGUACGGACGCGGGGCGCACCGCCGACGUGUUCCUGGCCGACUGGGCCGCCAUAGUUCAUCUACACACGCUUCUUUAUGACUUCAUGCAGCGCCCUGCACAAGAACGCGAGUCGUUAUGGCAGGGCGUGUGCGUACGCUCGUACACGUACCGCUCGCUGGUGGUGGGGUGGGGUGCGGGCGCGCGCGCCACCGCGGCGCUGCAGUGGGGCGGGUCGCGCUAUACCGUCGCCACGCCCGCCCACCAGCCCGCAGCCAACGCCCACCAUCUGCUGCAUCAUCACCUCGAUCACUACCUCAACUGGAACAAGGAUCUGCUGGCGCUGGGCGUGGUGCUGCGGGAGACGUACCAGCCGCUGCUGGCGCUGAGCCGCCUUCCCGCGCUGCCGCAACUCGGCCUCCACCACAUCCGCACGCUCAUGCCCACGCCUACAUUCACGCUGCUCGCCCACUCAUGGAGAAAGAUACGCAUUAUAUAUGCUGGUGCGUACUCGAUCGAGGUGGGCAUACGCGGCGGCAACAUGGUGACGAUCCGCGACGGCGCGUAUUCCAAGUUCGACAGAAGCGCCGUCGUCGACGAGUUCGCGCCCGCACAUGGACUGAAGGUGUUCCUAUCGCGUUACGUGGACGACGCAAUCAGCGCUCGGUUGCUCGCUGAAGAGGACAAUCCGCCGUCACCGAUGUCUCCCAUGCCGGCCGGCGGUCUCCGGUUCCCCGCGCCGCUGACGCCGCCACAGCCGCACACGCCGCACUCCGCGCCCGUCACGCCGCACCCCGCCUCACCCGCGCAACACCAGAUGGGCGGGUCGUUCAACCUGACGUCACCGCCGGGCGGCGCGGGCGGCGGCGGUGUGUCGGCGUCCCCCGCCUCCCCGCUCGCGCCGUCGCCGCUGGCGCCCGCCGCCUCCCCGCACCCGCCCCCCACCUCGCCCUUCACCGCCUGGCCCGCCUCGCCCUCGCUACCGCGCCCUUCGCCCGGAGGACACCACCCCUCGCCCAGACACCACGUGGAACACAAAGCAGGUCCGGUGGCGAGCUCGAUGACGUCAUCGUCGCGUGUGGGUCGAAGCGGGGCGCCGGCGACGCCGCUGGCGGUCAGCAAGCUGGAGGUGUUGUGCACGCCAUGCGAGCCGCCGCCCGGCGCGCCCCCCGGCCCGCCCCUUGCACCGCUCCAGCGCUUCCUCGCCUGCGUAUACAUGAAGAGGAUGAUGCAGCGCUUCGUGCAGACCGAGGAGCAUCUCUCGCUGGUGUCAGCUGAGGCGACGAGUCUGACGUUCCGGUGCGAGAGCGCGGGGCUGGCGGCGCGCGUGGCGCUGCACCCCCAACACAUGCAGAGCCUGCACCUGCAGCUCACGCCGCUGCCGGACCACAAGGACACGUGGACCAACGACGACCUGCAGGUGAUGGAGAAGUUCUUUGAGCAGCGCGUGUGCAUAGCGCCGUACCGCGCGACGGCGCUGCAGGGCUGGGCGCGGGCGUGGGGCGCGCCGGCGGUGGCGCUGCCGUCGCUCGUGGCGUUGAUGCGCGCGGACCUGGCCCCGCCCUCUCCCGCUCUGUGGACGCUGCAGUGGGCGCUGCGCAUCCCGCCCUCCAGCCCGCAAAUCGUGCCCGCCUCCCAGCCCGCCGUGCUGCUCGCCAAACACAAGAUACUGUUCUUUGUGUGCCUGACGCGCGGCGAAACGCAGCUAGUGCUGCCGCUGGUGUACGACAUGCAGUCCAACGCGCUGCAGAUUGCCGAGCGCCGCGACGCGCAGCAACCGCAUUUGCUCACCGUCAACAUGCACUUAAAGAGGUUCGCAGAAUUUCACCAGUCGCACGGCGAGUGUAUCCUGUGGCCGGCGGUGCGCGACCUGCUAAUGAACUUUUCGCUGGCGCCGGACGCACCGCCGGCCGCCGCGCCGCAGACCUAGCGCGCCCGCAGCCCGCGCUACUAGCAUACGCCCUGGUAGCGCGCGCCCGCUCGCUGCGUCCCCACUGCGUACCGUCGCCGCUACACGUUAAAUAAAGACUGCUGUGUAGAUAAACUAUUCGAUAUUAUUAUGAUGUGAUAAUUUCGAAUAUAAAUCUUCUUCUGAAGAAUCUUCAGAUAUUUGUAACGAUUUUUUGCAAGUAU